UAGGUCACAAAAUAUAUGCAAAUGAUAAGUUCGUAUUUACGUCCAUACAGAGAAAGUUUGGUGAAAGUGAAGGGUGAGAGUGCUGAAGAAGAAGAAGAGAAGGCAACCCUUUUCUCCUCUCCUUUCAUUAUCCCAUCUCCCUGGCUUUGCUUGUUUCUUGUCUGAUUAGCAAAUCAUUCCCUAGCUUCCAUGAAUGAGCUUCCAAACACCUAAAACAAGCAGAUCAACAAUUCAGCACCCACGGCGAGCUCCACCGAUUUAUCACUGAUCAUCACAAAGAUGGUGAUGUUUCUGGUUCGCUACUGCCGCCUAUAGUCCCAAACCCCAAAUCCAACCUUGUACUACCGUCUUAUUACAGGGUAAGGGCUUACACAAGCUGCCUAGCUAGAAUAGGGGUAAUUGAAUUCGUCAAAUCCCAACUAUCAAGUUUGAGCAUCUUCACACGCCCAUGUCCCAAAGCUUCCAUCAAGGAAUCUACAGCUUCUCAAAUGGAUAUGAAAGAUCUCCGACCACGACGAAGCAAGGGAUGGAGUGGAUCAGCCAAAGAGUGCAAAACUUUGAGCUGCAGCAGCAGCAGCAAGUGCAAACUGAGGUUAAUUCUGGAGAGCCACCGGUUUAUGAUGAUACCGGAGGUGGGAUGUUGACAGAGAUGAUAGAUUUCUCUCGGGGACGCGGUAAAUCAGCUAAUCAUUUACUGCUAGAUGGUCAGAUCCCCUCCAGUUAUAGAUGGUCUCAAAAACAGCAACUACCACUGACGGUGGUAAACGAAGCUGAGCUUCUGCUCAUGAACCCGCUUCAUGUUAAAGCAUCUUCUUCUUCUCCAACUAGUACAUCUUCGCUCCACAUGUCGGUUCCAAACUCCUCCGACUCUCAUCAUCCUAGCCUUCAUCUUCAAGAGUAUCAUUUGGAAAAUCCUUCUCAAUUUUCUUGGGUUCGCGUUAACGGUAACGAAGUUGAUGAUGAUAAUACCAAAAUCGGAAGGGCCAUGGAGGCUCAAGGGCUUUCAUUGUCAUUAUCUUCUUCGAUGCCAAACUUGGAAGCAGCCAAAUUCCAAGAACUGAGACCAGGAGAUGGUGGGGUGUACUUCUUUGAUCAAGGAGUAGGGCCCCCAAUGAAUUUCAGUGGAUUCAAGAAUCAAGAACCUAAUCCAAAUAUACUAGGUAAUAUUGUUACGGAUUAUUCUAGUCAAGUUCACGUUGGACUUCCAGCUUCUUCAAGAAUCGGGAAUGUCUUGAGGAAUCCCAGGUACUUGAGGGCUGCCCAGGAAUUGCUGGAAGAAUUCUGCUGUGUUGGGAAGGGAAAUUUGAAGAGCCCGAAAAGUGAAAACCCUAGGACCAUUUCUAUUGUUGAGAAUGCUAGUGGAGGGGCAGUUUCAUCAGCUAGCUCCAAGGACCGCCCGCCUUUAUCAGCUGCUGAAAAGACGGAGUACCAAAGGAAGAAGGUCAAGCUCUUGUCCAUGCUUGAUGAGGUGGAUGCAAGGUACACACAUUAUUGUGAACAAAUGCAAGCUAUUGUCCACUCAUUUGACUCGGUGAUUGGAUAUGGGGCGGCAGCUCCAUACACAAACCUUGCUCAGAAGGCAAUGUCAAGGCAUUUCCGGAGCAUAAAGGAUGCAAUAUUGGGUCAGGUGAAGGUUACAUGCGAACUUCUUGGAGACAAAGAUGUGAAUGGUACAAUAGGCUUGACCAAAGGAGAGACCCCAAGACUUCGGUGGCUUGAGCAAAAGUUUAGGCAGCAGAAAGCCCUUCAUCAAUUAGGAAUGCUUGAUCCCGAGACUUGGAGGCCCCAGAGAGGCUUGCCUGAACGAUCUGUUAACAUACUGAGGGCCUGGCUUUUUGAGCAUUUUCUUCACCCGUACCCGAGUGAUGCAGACAAACAUUUGUUAUCUCGACAGACUGGUUUAUCGAAAAAUCAGGUUUCGAAUUGGUUCAUCAAUGCAAGGGUGAGACUGUGGAAGCCCAUGGUGGAAGAUAUAUACAAAGAAGAGACCAAAGAUGAGGAGCAGAAAAAAGUGACAACAGUAAAUCAUCAUGCAGCCAAUGAAUUAGCCAAAUCAGUUGAUUCAGUGGAUGAGGAGGACCACCACAACCAAAACCAAAGCCAAAACCAAAACCAAAACCAAAACCAAAACCACAACAUAGUCUCUGCACAAACUCCAAUGACCAACAGUAAAACAACAACAGCAACAACAAUAUUAUCCUCAUCAAUCACAACUAUGACAUUGGUAGACGGGCGAAGAUCCGAAAUCAAUGCUGUAGAAAAAGACCCUUCAAAGAACACCAUCAAUAAUGGACAGUACACCUUGGGAAACCAAGCAAUUCUUCAAGGUACCCCCUCAACUACAACUCCAACCUCCCUGAUCUCAUCACCCACAUUUGGUCAUCAUCAUGGUCAAACCUUGCCUACAUAUGGUUGUUUUAUGGCCAUCCCUGAUGAGGCUCAUGUAGGCAUGCAUGGUAAUGCUACUUCCCGUGCAACAAAUAACAUUAAUACAUCCGGAUCCCUUGUUGGGAUGGGGAGCACUAGUCAGGCCGGGGAUGUUUCCCUGACUCUGGGACUUCGGCACCCCUCAUCAAAUUUGCCAAGAAAGAGGACUGAGUUCUCUUUAAGAGACUUUGGGGCAUUUUGAGUGAAUGAAAUUAUUGAUAUAUGACAUAUAUAUAUAGUUUCGUAGUAGAAAAAUCAUAAGAAUGUAUGAGUGGAAGAUAUUAGUGCAUACAUAAACUAUAUAGUUUCUAUUUAGCUGUUUGAAAACGUAAAGUUGGUUGCAAUUGUAUAAAGGAGUGGUAUAUGGGUUGUUUUUUUUCCCCUUUUAUGAAAUUUGUUUGGGAGAAUUUUCAUCAUUACUAGAAAAAAUGAGUAGCUCUUUUUUGUU